AUGACUGACUGCUGGUACAUACCAGAGGUGCUGGCGGAUCGCCGCGAUGAGAACCGUCUUUCGCCAAACGUGUCCGGCAGCUACGAAGUGCUUGGUGAAGCAGGGAUCUUCUACCGUCACUUUGACCCGAAGGAGGUAAGCGACGACAUCGAGGGCUUCAUCCAGCCGCUUCUCAAGAAGCUCAACUACCACAGCUACGACGUCGUGAACCUCAGCCCGGCCAACCUCGGCGCAGAGAAGUUCGAGACUCUGGCAGAGCAGCACUUCACGGAGCACAUUCACGAAGACGAUGAGGUGCGGUUGAUUCUCGAAGGUCAAGGCUACUUUGACGUGCGCGAUAUCAACGACAAGUGGAUUCGAUUGCUGUCGAAGCCUGGCGACUGCAUCGUUGUACCGGCCGGUAUGUACCACCGCUUCACGACGGAUCAGAGCAAGUACAUCAAGACGCUGCGCAUCUUCAAGGAGGCUCCGCGAUGGAUCGCGCUGAACCGCAGCCCGGAGGCGGAGGAGAAGCCGGCGCGCAAGGAGUACCUCGCCCGCCUGCACGCCCCUGCCGAAACGGCUGUCGGCGCCGCCAACAGUCGCACGAUCUUCUCUCUGCGCUACCCGCUGAAGCUGGACGCGGAGCUCACCGUCAUGGCGAAGCAGCUGCUGGAGCAGCACAGCCAGCAAUCGCAUGCCCUCAUGAUUUAUCUGACAGGCUCCACCGAUCCAACUACCGGCGAGUCCUGGUGCCCGGACUGUGUUCUGGCGAAACCGCAGGUCGCGAAGCGCUUUGCAGAGCUCCAAGGCAAGUAUGGUGAGGAGCACGCCAUCUUCCUGCAGCUCCCGGUCGAGCGCGCCAGCUACCUGGGCAACCCGAAUUUCCUCUAUCGCACACACCCGACCCUGCAGCUGGCUAGUGUGCCGACGCUGCUCGUGCUGACGCCGACCAAGGACGCCAAGGAGAAAGGCGACGUGCAGUGGUACGACCUGCUCGACGUCAAGGUGCGCACCUGCGAUGCUGACAAGGCAGAUGUGCUGAACCUCGAGUAA